CUUUUCUUAACAACAUAUUCCUCUCUCUGUUAGAAGAUUUAGUCUCUUCUCUUCUCUUCUCUUCUCUUCUCUUCUCUCUUAUUUCAGCAUAUAUAUUCAUUCAAACUUCACAAUUAACUCCCAUAAUUCUCUCUCUUUUGGCUAAGAACAUAUUAGUGUUUUUGAUUCCUUCCUAGGUUAAUUCCUCAGUUCUUCACUUCAAUCGUCAAUUUUUUAGAUCUUUAGUAGCAACCCAUUUCAAAUUCAGAGGUUUUUAGUAUUGGGUUUUUGCUAUUUCACUUUUUGAUUAUCAAUUUAGAUCUUGUUCAUCAAAAUUUUACCCAUUUAUAGGAAUGGAAAAAAUUUCAUGCCUUAGUGGGGAAGAUGAAGGAUUGGAAUUGCCUCCAGGUUUCCGAUUCCACCCGACCGACGAAGAGCUCAUAACUCACUACUUAUCCCCAAAGGCUCUUGACAUCUCCUUCUGUGCAACAGCAAUUGGAGAGGUUGACUUGAACAAGGUUGAGCCUUGGGAUUUGCCAUGGAAGGCAAAAAUGGGUGAAAAAGAGUGGUAUUUUUUCUUUGUGAAAGAUAGGAAGUACCCUACUGGUUUAAGGACAAAUAGAGCUACUGUGGCUGGUUAUUGGAAGGCAACAGGCAAAGACAAGGAGAUUUACAAGGCAAAAGCACUUGUUGGAAUGAAGAAAACUUUGGUUUUCUACAAAGGCAGAGCUCCUAAAGGCGAAAAGACCAAUUGGGUCAUGCAUGAAUAUAGAUUGGAGGGCAAAUUUUCCAUCUAUAAUCACCAUAAAUUAUCAAAGAAUGAGUGGGUGAUAUGCAGGGUGUUUCAAAAGACUUCAGGAGGGAAGAAAAUACAUAUUUCAGGCAUGGUGAGGAUGAGCUAUUAUGGUGAUAAUGAUGAAUUGAAGCCUUCAAAUUUGCCUCCAUUAAUGGAUUGUUCAGUUUCUGAUGGCCAGACUCGAAGCACUGGUGUCGAUGCAUCUUACGUGACCUGCUUCUCCAACCCAUUGGAGGAGAAGUCCCAGGAAGACAUGGUUGAUAGCUUCAACACACCUCAAUUAGCCUCUUCAUCAUCCACAAAACCUACUCAUCAUACCUCCCCUGUUUCAUUGCUUUCUCCAAAAGUCUCUGUUCCUAAUCCAUCAUUCUUUCCCACACAAAUUAUCCCAAAUCUUGAAUAUUUUCAAUAUUCGGAUUCUUUUCUAAUUCAAGAUCAGUCCAUAUUGAAGCAAUUGUUCCAGAACAAUGGGUUGAACUCGAAACAAAAUUCGAGAGCAGAGUUCUCACAGGACACAGGAUUUAGUAUUGACAUGUCUUCAGUUGUGUCCAACCAUGAAAUGGGACAUCAUAGGUCUUAUGAUGAUCAAGAGGAUCCAAUUACUUCAGGUGGACCAGUGAACCUUGAUUGUUUAUGGAGCUACUGAAUUUGAAGAUGAAAUAGUAGCAAUUCAAGAAAAAAACAUAGUGAAGGAAGGAAGAUUAGAUGUCUUCAAUAAUGUUAGUGCUGUCAGAUUGUUGUGUUAUGUGUGUACAGAUUUUCCAAAUCCGAAUUAUAUGAAAGGAAAUGCCCUGUCUGUAUUAUAUGAAAUUGUAUUCAUUUUCGAGUUGCUAAUCUUUUUGUCUUCUGUAAA